CAUAUCAAAAUAGUGCAAAAGAGAAAAGAAGGGAGAAAAAUGGAGAAUGAAAGUGAGAUCCCAAUUUUGGAUUUCCGUAGGAGUAGUGGAGUGACAUUAGAAAAAGGGAGUGAAGGGUGGAAAGAAAUGAGCAAGAAAGUGAGAGAAGCAUUUGAGAGUCGAGGUUGCUUCCUCUUAAAAUGUGAUGAAAUCUCAAAGGAAUUAUGUGGACAAUUGUUCACAGGAAUGAAAUCUUUGUUUGAUCUGCCUGAAGACACCAAGGAGAAAUUUGUUAGUCCAAAGCUUUACAGGGGUUACAUCAACAAAAGCUAUGCCAUUCCCAAUUCUCAAAGCUUUGGGAUUGAUAGUGAUCUUGAUCAUGAUACGACUCAUCAAGAUUUCAUUAACCUCAUGUGGCCUCAAGGAAAUCCAAUUUUUAGUGAGGCAUUAAGUUCAAUGUAUUCAAAAACAAGGGAAUUAAGCUCGCUUAUUCUAAAGAUGGUUGUGGAGGGAUUUGACCUUCCACAACAUUACAACUUGGAUGUUGAGGAGUUGGGUAGCACCAAUGAUACACGAUUAACUAGGUACCAACAUCCUGAAGAAAAGAAGGACACUGAGAUUGCUUUUGUACCUCACACCGAUAUGGGCACCAUAACCUUCAUCUGUGAAAAUGAAGUCCAAGGCCUGCAGGUGUUAUCUAAAACUGGCAAUUGGGUUGACGUAAAUAUCCCUCCAAAUGGCUUUGUAGUGAUUUGUGGCGACGCGUUGAAGGCAUGGAGUAAUGGGAGAUUUCAGGCAAUCAUGCACAGAGUGGUGACAAGGGGAGAUAAAGAGAGAUUUGUAUAUGUUCUUUUCACAAUACCAAAGGAUAGUGCUGUCAUUAAGGCCCCCUCUGAGUUGGUGGAUGAGGAAAAUUACCCUCUUCGUUAUCGGUCAUUCAAAUAUGGAGACUACGUACAUUAUCAAUAUUCAACUAGAACACAAAAGGAACGACUUGAAAGUUAUGCUGAAAUUUAAUCCAUCAUUAUGUGAUGAAAGACAAUAUCCCUUUAUGUAAUAAAGUAGAGUAAUUAGACUCUAUUUUGCAAUAGAUUAGGAUCAAUCAAAUAAUAUGUAUUAUAUUCAUAUAAUACAAACUUAUUUAUGUUCUUGCAGG